UUUACUCAUCCAAUCCCAACAACUAACGAUAUCCGCUAUUUGUACUUCCGCAGAGGCGGGACUGCACUGCUGAGCCGGUUGAGAAAUAACUUUUGUUAGGCUACAACUUCAACUACUUUUGAGCAGGGCGACAGGUAAUGUUAGCAAAAUAAAUGAGAGCAGAUAUCUUCUAGCCAGUGUAAUGAAAAGGAGGAAACAACCCACAGGACUAAAAAUGGACUGGUUCCACUGUAAUCAGUGCUUCACAAGGAGAGGGUCGAAGUUUGCUGUGUCCAGCUGUGGCCACAUUUGCUGUGAAGCAUGCAUUAAAUCUCAGCAGUGCAGUGUAUGUGGGGCCAGCUGCAGUUAUCUACCCAUCACAGAUGAGAUGAAGCCACAGGAAAAGGUGUUUUUCAAGGACCCUGUGAAGCUCAUCCAGUCACGGCUGGAGCACACUUCACAGAUUGCCCUUUUUCAGCGGACACAGAUGGAGAGAGUCACGGCCCACUUCAAGCAUAAGUCGGUUGAACUGGAAAGGCAUCUGAAGGAAGUCACUGAGCAGGGUUACAGAAGGCAACUCUCCGAGCUGAAAAGGGAAAAUGACGACUUAAAAAAGCAGCUUUCAAAUCUGAAAAGAGAGACCGCUGAUUUGAAAAAGCCACUUUCUCAGCGGAGGGUUUCUCCAGGACAGUUUCAUAUAGAUGGCACUCAAAGGAUGUCGCUACCUGUGGCUGUCACCUCUCCAGUUACCCCUCGUUCAAGAACUGUGAGUUACUUAGGCUCAGCAGAGUCUCAGACGUGGGCCAGAGACAGAGGUCCACAUCUACCCUCCAUCACAACUCCUGGAUCCGCUACCUCUAUUUCGAGCCAUAGUUCUCUUCAUGAGCAUGUACACAGAACACCCACGUCCUUUAGCACUCCUACAAGAUCUCAGCGUCAGACUCCUAAUGUCUUCCAGUUCCAGUUUAUGAGUGGAUUAUCAAUACAGUCACCCAGGCGUUAAUGAAAUGGUGGGGACAUGUUUAUUGGAGUCCUUAGCCACAUGUGUGUUUAUCAGGACUGUUAUGUCUUUGUUGGAGAUUUGUUUUUGCCCAGUAACAGUUGGCACCAAUGACUGAAUGUCUUGUACAUUGUUGAGUAUAGGUAUUUUAUAAUUGUUAAGUUUACAUGGAUGUUAUACUGGUGUUACCAUGUGGUUCCUCUGUUGGUGAAUUAACUAGCCACAUUGCCUUUUUUUUUUUGUAGCGUCAACUUAUAAUACAACCAUUUCUACAUAUUGUUUUUUUUGCUCACGACAGAGAAUAUACACUGAUGAAAAAAUAAAUUUGUUAGAUUCAGUUUAAGUUAUUACAGCACACACAAAAAACAUUGCUUGCACACAUGGUUAGAAAGGCAAAUCCUUUACUGAUUUCCAGUGACACAAUUGUGCAAAUGAGAAAUUAUUUGAACAGGAAAAAAUACAUGGAAAACCUCUGCAAAGGAAGACACGAAUCAUUGUGGACAUUUCCCCACAGCAUGACACUUGCAUUAACUUUUGAUUCCUAAUAGAAUGCCAAAACAACAGUGAUAGACAAUGCUUUAUCUAGACAUUUCUAAUGAACUAAACUCUACUUAAAGCCCACUUCACCCCUUGUAAGUCUAGUAAAAAGUACUUCAGAGUGGAGUUUUUCUGAACUGAUAACCUGAAUGUAUAAAGUUUGUGCUAUAAUUAAUAAUCUGAGUUAACAGAAAGGUUAUUUUUUCUUUGGAUUCAAACCCUUUGCUACUUAUACAGUAAGUGGACCCCCGUCCGUUAUUGUAUCUGGUUUGUCUAGAUUAUAAACCAUUAAGUUGCACCCUACAG